AUGGAACAGAGUGGGGGAAUCAAUCCGUUUGACAUCCCUGCUGGCACAGACUGGAAUGACGAAAGAAUCCAGAAGCUUUAUGAGAUUCGUCUAGUCUGUGCCAUCAGACUGCAAACCGGCAUUCCUCCUGGGUGCAUUGUCAAUGUUCCAAACAAGGGUCCGCAACUGCAGCUGCCUGAGCCAAUUGUCAACUUGGGCAAAAGCUCCGAGGCAGUUGCCUUCAACAUGUAUUGUUCUGACAUUUCCGUCAUCAAGAACAAUAUCCCGAGCGGAUGGGGAUCCAAAGGUUCCUGGGAUUGGUUCCAGCAACCUACCGGAGAACCGUGGUAUAUCAAAACCCAGACCAAUCUUCUGAAUGAAGACCUGGACAAGGACCUGGACACUGAGUAUUUUAGAAACCAUCCAGACGAGCGCGAGGCUCUCAAACGAAAAUUGGAGAACCUUUCGGGAUCAGCCUUUAGUCUUCAGCAGCUUCUCUUCAAUCUUCAGAACGCCGUCGCACAGACAGCUCCCACAUUUGCCGGCGUGACUGACGAGACAGCAUCAUACCUCUUGGGCAAAUCUUUCAUCAAUCUUUGGUCCAAGAUCGCUAAAGACCAAGGACUACCGCUUGUUGGAGUCACUGCAGUCGCGCAGUAUCCAGACGGAUCGCCACUCCUCCUGACUGGUUUAGAGCGAUGGGUCAGUCAGGUUGUUGACCCCAUCUCGGGGGAAACGAUCAAAGACCCCUCUGAGCUUCAACAAUCAGCCACGACUCUCAAUUAUCUGUGCGCGACUGAUGAUCACCCUCUACCUGGAGCCUCUUCCUUCAGCUGGAACUGGAUAGAGCCACAAGAGGUUUCUCAGUCUAGUGGUGUGAUUUCUAUCAAUCGAAACACCAUGGCAAACUACUUGGCUAAACAAAUACUACCUUUGGCACAAUCAUCCUGUAUUAAGCCCUGGGUAGAUGUGAUAGCACAGGAUGUUUUUGGCUCAGUCGAUUACAAAUGGAGUUUCACAAGCGGACAAAUCCCAAUCGUUAGCGUCACAGAGUCUGGCCCCUUAGUUGCCACACUUGACUACAGUUCCACAGCUUGGGAUUCGGACCAAGAGUGGGCCACAUACGGCAAGUUGAAGAUCGCGUCGACCUAUUCUUGCAGUGUUGUCUUCGGAUCUUAUGAUUACUCUAAGUUCCCACCUGUUUACAUAGCAGGCAACACUUUCACCGUCAUCCAAACACUCAAGAUAUAUGUGUACGUCCAGUGGGCGGCCACUGGCGCUGACGCGAAUGUUCUUGACAAAACAUUGACAGACGAGUAUGUGGUUUCUGUCGAUGAGAAUGGAAGCCUUACGUCUUCACCAACCGCAAACUCCACUGUCACAGACAAUUCGCAAACAAUUGAUGUUAGCUGGAUCGUCAACGCAUUCACUGGUGUCGGAGAUCUGCUUCAAGCUGUCAAGGACAAGAGCAGCAAAUUUCUGAAUGCACACCUGCAGUCUAUCCCCUUCAAUCAGAUCAAGAACUUUGUAUUCCCAGGCGCUCAUGUGUUUUCGUACAAGACUGCGUCAUUUUCCGACUUUUCGGACCUCGCGUGCCUCAUCACAUAUGUGAACCCUACGGAUACACAGCCAGAAUCCGACGAGGUCCAACGUCAUCCAAAAGCUAUCAAGGUCACUGAACUCCCCCCUCUCGCUGCCUUUAUCUUGGAGCUUCGGUCUAAGGAUCUCGAGCGAUUGGAGAAAGAAGGUGUGAACAAAGCACCGAAAUUUAGUGGUACACCUGAUGUUCAGGGAAGCUUCACCUCUCCCAAGACCAAACCGACUCAGGAUGACGAUGGUACGUCUGUCUCCCACAAGCACUUGAAGUCCAUCAGAUCUGCCCGAAACGCAAGUAUGUCAACAAGUACUGAGCUAAUGCUCAACUAUGUGCAGGGAGAGCUAGUUAAGCCCGAGGGCAAGUUCCGGGCUCUCCAGACCUCAGACGGAACCGCUUUGCUCUUCGCAAUUGACUCCUCGGGUGUUUUGAACGUCAUUGAGGAGACGGUCGCGCAGACGCAAACAGGCUGGAGAGCCACUGACAUAUCGUCCAAGGUGAUUAAUGACAGGUUCCCUUCUGGUGCGACAGCCAUGCAAUUUGAUGUUGGCCAAAGUGUCAUGAACGGAUUCACUUUGACUUUGGCCAUGUCAGUCCGUUCGAAGGGUCCCGAUACUUUAUUUCUAUCACUUCGCAAUUCGCCUUCUUCUACCUCUGAGUGGAUCUCCAAACCUUACUGGAAGGCAUUUCCUUUUGACGCAGAGAAUGGACCUGACUCCAUCCACAUUACAAAUAUUUAUGUCUCCGAGACAGAUCAGCAGCAGCAGUAUAUCAUGGUUGAUAUCCUGCAAGACCCUGACUCCGAGCUCAAGGCUACUUUACGCUACGUUGUUGACCCAUACUCUAACAUGGGAGUUUACUGGACGCCUCGCACGCUGCCAUUUGAUGUUGAAGAGGGCACCUAUGAGAGUUGCAUGGGCCGUGUAUCGGGAGCCUAUGCCGAUGGUAUCUACACAGCUGGUUCCGUCAAAGGUGCCGCUCAACUGGCUUAUGUACCUCUUUUCAACAUUACUGGCAAUGCGCCGCCUAUGCCAACUCGCCUACGCCUACCGAACAACACACUCGCAACAGCAAUUGACUCAGCCCGCUAUGACGACCAGAGUUCAUUAUGGUAUGGAACAACCGAUCUUUACGCUAUCGGGGAAUCUACUCUCUACCGAUGGGAUCCUGAUCAACAACUGGAUGAUAACACUGUUGGAACACCAUUGCUCACCAACCCUGUUUUCUCUGGCACUGACAUUCUGAUCGCGCUGAUGCAUGACAAAGUCACGACAGUUUUUGGCAAGAAUGCAAGUAAUGUCGUGUACUACACAUCUUGUUAUGUAGACAAACUGGCUGAUCCACAAUCAUGGAGUGUUCCCGUCCCUGUCCUGUGUGGCAUUGAACACAUUACAUCCUUCAUCAAUCUCAAAGAUGGAGGCAACACGGUAUUUGCAGCUGGUGGCAACAACAUCCAGAAGCUUACUCAGGCCACUCAAUCCGAUUCCAAGCUUUGGUAUGCUCAACCCAUCAUGCUUGAGGCGGCCCCUGAGACCGAACCUAUACAGUUCAACUCGUAUACUACUACGAUCAGUGUCAAGGGGGAGGAUGGUCUACCUCUAUCGGGAUCCGAAAUCACUCUGACUACCAAAACGCACACACCAGUCUAUAUCGACGGACUGUACUACAUCUUGUCAGCAGUCCCAGUGAAUAUCACUGUGAAUGCAUCUGGCCAAGUCAUUGUUAUCCAGGCAACUGAUAGCAUUGUGGGAACUACGAUCACUGCAAAGCUGGGCAAUACUGAAACCGCAAUCAAUCCCAUGGCUGGCUCAUUUGACAAACUGGCCAAGCUAUCUGACAAGAACGCCUUGAGGGACGCCAAAGUCCGCACAAAUGUCAAAGCCGGUGGCGUUGUCGGAGACCCCACGACGGAUUCACUGGUUUCGUCUGAACUACCUGAUCAGGAACUUGAGGCAACUGCAGAUAGCAUCAAACUAUUGAAUGACGCCUACAACAAGUACUCAAACCAGACGUCAUCGUUCCGCAUGAUUGCGCCUGUCACCUCGAACAUGGUAGUUUCGCAAGGCAGCAUGGUAUUUGGCUUUGGUGAUGCAAUUGCCAUAGCAGCUGGAGAUCUGUUCAAUUGGCUGAAGACGGGAAUUGAAAAAGUCAUUCAAGUUAUUAAGAAUGCUGCAACCGGUUUUUGGGAGUUUAUCGUCAAGAUCGGCAAUGAUGUCUACCGCGCCAUACUGGAUACAGUUGAAGCUGUGGUUGGAGCUCUCGAAUGGGUCUUUGACAAGAUCAAGACUGCAAUCCAGAAUGUCAUUCGAUUCGUCGAGUUCUUGUUUGAAUGGGAUGAUAUCACACGGGCCAAGCAGGUUACGCAUAACUUGGUCAAAUAUUAUCUCUUGGACAUGACAUCCAGCAUCGAACGUGCAAAGGGCUCUUUCGACGAUUGCAUGGAUGAUGCCCGGGAAGCUGUCGCGGAAUGGGCCGGUAUCAAAGACUGGUCGACACUGGGGGAUUCGGCUGGAAAGCCACCAUCUGGCAACACCACAGAUCCUACCAAGUACCAGAACUCUGGUUCUCAAAUGAUGGCAGGCCACUUCAGAAACCAAGCCGACAGAAUCACCAUCAAAAGUGACGUCCCUGAACCAAACAUGGUGCAAGACUUGGUUGAUGAUAUGAUCCAAGCAAUGGAGUCACAGGGAAUGGUCUUUACACAGACCUUCAACCAGCUUCAGGCCCUUGCUAGCGACUUCUUGGAUCUCAGUGUGGCUGAUAUCCUCAAGCGUCUGACUGGUAUUCUUGUUGAAGCAGUUUUAGGCACAACCCAAGUUGUCGUCGAUGCCAUGUUGGAUGUUUUGUAUACGCUCGCCAGCACCGUCGUUGACGUCUUGGACACCAAGAUUCACAUCCCCAUCAUUUCGGAUAUCUUGAACGCCAUUGGGUUUUCCGAUAUUUCUUUCCUUGAUCUCUUUACCUGGAUUGGAGCAGCUGGAGUUACAAUCAUGGUUAAGAUCGCUCAUGGCAAAACUCCAUUCCCUGACAACGCAACAACUCGCGCAUUGAUCGACGCUCAAGAUUGGGCGUCGUUCUCUGCAGUAUUAAAUCAGGGAUUGUCGGCCAGCAAGGCCGAUUCAUCGACUGACUCGAAAGAAAAGAGUGAUGUGGAAAUCUCUCAAGAGGUUGGACAGAUGAUCUACACUGCGGGCCAUGCUCUCUCUGGUUUCGUCGCUUUCACGGGAAACUUUCUCUUUUUUGCCGAAGCCAUGGAUGUCAGUCCUGUUAACGUCUUCGGUAUGCCAUCGGCUAUCAUGGGCGUGAUUGGCGCACUUGCCGCAGCCGGCGCAGACUUUCUGGUUGCAAAAAUGCCCAUCGAGAACAAAGCCGUUUCUACCAUGCGCACUAUCACAUCUGUCACUACUGUUAUGUCAAAGCUCAUCUUCUCUGGACCUGGUCAGAAGUAUCUUGCAAGAGGCCAUCUCUCGUUUAUGAAAGCCGAUGACAACCGCAAGAUGGGAGCGGUGUUCAAUACGGCUUUGGUGUUCCCAGCUCUUUUCUGCAGUUGUUACCAUUUCUAUGAACUUUCGAAGAAACCUGAAAGUACGGAGCGUUCUUUAGCUAUUAUUGGGGAAACUUCUAGCAUGGUUCAAUAUAUUGGGAGGGUUUCUUAUUGCGUUGCUCUGUUUGAUCCUGACCUGGCAACCAGGGUCAUACCGGCUGGUGUCAUGGCAGGAUGCAAUGUUGUUAUGUUUGGACUGGAGACAGCUGGUGCGUUUACAUUCUGA